GCAUCAAUUCAGUUAUAGACUGGACCCUUGCCAAGGAAGCAGCAGUUGUGAUAGAGACGGUGUUAGGAGCACGAGACGGUGUUGGCAGCACGAGACCGUGUUCUGUUGUGUAAGGAAUAAAAACGCAGCGCAAAGAACACAAACAAGAAGACAACCCUUGGAUUGUACAACAUGGGCAGUCCCGUGGUUGUGGCAUCGCCUAGGAAGAGUCCAUCUUCUGGCCGUAGGGUAAGUCCACUUGUUGUUGUUGAAACAAAACGUCCAUUAGUAGCACAUGUGUCAUGUGUUGUUGUUUUUUUUAAUUUAAAUUUGUGACUAUUUUUUUAAAAAUUAAAAAGUAUCGUAGUAUCUUUAGCCUAUCAUUAUCAUAUAUUAUAUAUCAUUGGACCAAAUCGAGAUGUUUUCGUAUUUUAAUUUUAUGCUUAUAAAACCCUGACUUUCUGAUACAAACUGAUUAGCGUGGAUAAGGCUCUGAAGAUAUGAUAUAGUCUAAUAUAGUAGGCUUAAAUCAAACAUUUUUAGCAGACCUCACGACUGUUUGUCGGUUGGUGGCUUUAGAAAUAAUAUAAAAAUAACUUACCGUAAUUAUUAUGUUGAAGAUUUGGAAUACAAAAAAAAAAAUACUUAAAAAAAUAUUUGUGUGUAGUACCGGUAUGUUAUUUGUUAUUGUUAUGGUAAUUAAGAUGAAUAAGAUCUGUUUUUUAACAAUAACUUUUGUUUUUCUUUGUGGUGUGUGGUUUUAUACGGGGUGAAAAGUUAUGUAUAACUAAUACAUUAUUUUUAUGAAGUUUAUUUCUAAGAUGGUCAAGUAAAACUACAACAAACAUGUUUUUUAAAAGUGAACGGUAUAUUUUAUACUGUUAUUGCUCAUAAUAAUAUUUGACUCAUGUACGCAUGUAAUAGCAUAUCGUUAAUGUCUACUUUGUAUGACCACUGAACCCAGCAUAAACAAUAUUGAAAAUUAUUUAUAAAUAAGGCGCAUAUGUUAUAGUAGGACGAUUUAUUAAUUAACUAUUGGACUUAAUGGACUGGUAACUAAAGUCCUAAGUCCUAUUAAAUAGGCUAUUUUGAAAUAUUUAUAUACUGUUUUUUUUUAUUUCUUAAUUGUUUAUUUUUUUGUUUGGAAUUUUUUACUUGUUAUCUUUUCACAAAAAGAUUUCCCUAUUCCUUAGUUUAAUAAAUUUUUUAAAAAAUUAAAGUUCUUACUGGCAUGUGUUUAAUAAUAGAUUCUUAUACAUCAACAGACCAACAAACCGCUGGUAGAGAAGAAACGAAGGGCCAGAAUCAACGGAUGUCUCGGCCAAUUGAAAUCCUUGAUACUCAGUGCAAUGCAAACAGAGGUAAGACUAAAUGUCAAGAGAUUAAAUUACUUUUAUAGAACCCACGAGUAGGGCUAUCAAAAUAUUAAAAUGAUAGCAGGAAUUCAACGAAAUAAUUUAAUAAUUAUUGUUAUAAGUCAAUACAAAUCUAACAUUCAACUGUAAUCAUUGGUAAAACAUAUUAAAGAUAAAUUACUAAAUAUAUAGCAUCAGUAAUUAUAAUUUAUUUUUAAAAUUAAAUUAAAGACCCAGUUUACAAAAGGCUAAUAAAUUAGGGUCAAACUAUUGCUAUUUUGAACAUUAAUAAAAUCAAAGUAGUGCAAUCAUAAGUAUUCAAAAUUGUAGGUUUAAAUUUGAAGCCACUGAAGAUUAUAUCUGUAUUUACUUAUCCUGCCUCCAGGGUGCUCAAGUUUCCCGCCUCGAGAAGGCAGACAUUUUGGAAAUGACUGUGAAAUACCUGAGACACAUACAGCACCAACAAAUGGUCCCAGAGCCGGAAGUGACGGCCAAGUUCAGUGCCGGCUACACAGAGUGUGCCUCGGAAGUCAUCAGGUACAUCGACACCGUGAAGUGUGUCACACCAGAAGUCAGGUCUAGGCUGGAGAGCCACCUCGUGGAGCGGCUCAGGGGCUCUGCAGCCUUGACCCCUGCUGUCCCGCCCUCUGCACAGCAGCCCGUUCAAACACCGCCAUCGGCCAAUAAAACGGUAGUUUACCCGGCUGCAACCACAAACAUGGACGAAACCAUGACCAGACACUAUCAGACCGCAGUUGAGCUGGCCAACAUGGCCGCCUCUGUGGUCUUGCAGUCCAACACCAGAUCCAGCUUGACCAACAUCAGGCAGUCCUCACAGGCAUCUGCAUCAUUACCGGAGACAAUAACAACAUCACAACAGCUGAACUUGACCAACGGUCACCUUGUGCAGCAGUCCUCUCAUCUGGAAUCGGCCCAAAAUUUAAACGUUCGCAAACUGUCCGAGACUACCCGCUGUUUGAACAGGUCUCAGAGCAUGUCGCCCUCGGCUCUUAGGGCAGAGGAUCAAGAUUUCAGAACCUCUGCAGCACAGUUCUAUCACAGCCUGGACGAGAGGUUACGUCACAACGGCAGUGAACCCGCCAUGCAUCUGACGUCAUCUUCCACAUCUCUAGCUGCACCCAAACAAGAAAUUUUCUACACCCAAAAUGACCCAAACAAUAACCAGCCAAUCAAUUUAGAUUACUCAGAUGUGGUCAAAUCAGAGUCUGAGUACCUCUCCAUCUUCCAGCGCCCUCUACACAUCCACAUCCCAGGUUCACCCCACCCCCUCCCCUCUACAUCCCCACAAUCCAUUCACCCACAUCAAAUGGGAUUCCACACCCAACGUUCACAAGGAGCCGACCCUGCCCACUCCCCAUCCAUAACCUCCAUGGACGAUGCGCCUCCGACCAUCCUGUAUGGAUACAAUGGAGCCCACAUGGCUAGCCCUUAUCAGAAAAUGGAAACCUUAUCUCCUUGCUCACCGAAAACUUCCGGAAACGCAGGCGGGAUCGGCAGUAGCAAUGAGUACAUGGAGACAUUUGAGCAAGCUGAGCCCCGUGCCUCGAAUCAUUUUUCCCACGAUACCGUGAGCGCGAGCAACUCACGUGGUGGCAAUCACACCCCGCACGUGCAAUCACAACACACACGAUACCCCACCCUGUCGCCCCCAACCCUCUCACCCCCUACCCUCACCCGGGAAGAGCCCUACCCAGGACGGAUCGGUAAUCCUGACGGGGACGAGCUGAGUCACGGCGGAACUGAACUGCGGCAACCGAGCGUGAUGAACAGAAUGUCUGACUGCUACAUGCCAGAGUCCGGCCCUCACAGCGCCACCGCGGUUCCUCAAGUCCCGCGUCCAGCAAGUGGUUGUUCAAAUUACUCAGAUCAGUACCCAGGACAGUUAAACCUCAGUGGUCAAUACCAGAAACAGAAGGAGCCGGACUCCUACCGCCCCGCUGGCGCUGCCCAACCGUACAAUUGUGGCCAUCAAUCACUUGUUAGUCAAGACCCCUCGGGGCGCGCAGUACCGCAUGCCAAAGCCACGGACAAUGGACUGCAUGCGAUGAAUGGACCCGCGACGCGUCACCACCCGAGUGUCCACUCCCGCCAAAAGGACACCUCUUUGUCCCCUCCGACCUUGAAGAGGCGGAUCCUCUGCGCCCUGGGGUCAGGGGGCGAGUGGAUCGCCCCGAAAUCCGAGGAGCGCUUCGACCUGAACAGCAGAGAGCGUUUACAAUGCGUCUCGGACAACGGGCAAAACAAACUCCAACGCACGGACUUCCGGCACGAGACCGGGACAAGCUUGUGCCGGGACGGCCGCGGUUUCCCGGUCCCAGUGGCGGGGGCCAACACGUAUUGCAGGGCGGGCUCCUCACAUUCAGGGGCGGACGAGAACCUGUGGCGCCCGUGGUGAUGAACUGAUCCUGAUUCACUGACUUUAUCUCUGCCGUGACAGUAGAACAUUGCCGGUAGUUUCGCUGACUUUAUGUUGGUUGAGAGGGAAGAGUGUAGAUAUGAGAGAGAGAGAGAGAAAGAGUAGAUAUGAAAGAGAGAAAGAGAGAGUUUAGAUAGAGAGAGAGGGAGAGGAAGAUAGUGAAAGAGAUUUCAACUGGCAUAAUUUACUAUUUUAAUAAAGUGAUUUUUCAAAAAUAAUUGUUCUAUG